GUAGUCCGACCUGUUGAUACCGUCCGCGGCGUGGCGCGCGCGUGUCGAGACCGUACCGAGACGAUCUCGCGAGGAACCGAUCGAUCUCAACGAUUUGUCCGAUCGCGAGUCAACGGAGACGUCUCCCCACUGCGAAAUAACUCUUCGUGGGUCUCUCUCUUUGUAUUUUCCUAUUUUUUCCUUUCUUUCAAGAACUAUGAUUCGACGGAGCCUGGCCGAUCCUUCUCGAUCCGAUGACCAAGUUAAUCAGCGCUGAUCGCGGCGCCGAAGGGAAAGAUCCUUCGCAUCGUUUUUCCUGGACCACGCGAACGGGGGUCAUUUUACGAUAGCCCUCUCUGCAAACGGAAACAUGCAAAAUUUAAUUCUGCACGGCGUUUACGCGUGAACGCUUUCACGAGUCUCCUACUUUCCGCCAUGCCACAGCAUUACGUCGUACCUGCGGAUUACGGACAAAGUGCGCUUCGCGCACGGCGAAGGUGUGCUGCUGGCAAGUCGCGUAUUGCUUUCCACGCUGCGUUGCCCACCUGACUCAUAACGCGGUUAUUACGAAUUAUCCUGGAACGCGACAGUCGCUCCCGGUGUCCGGUCAGUCCACGCGGUGGCAUCGUGGUGGUCGUUCUCUCCUGCCGCGCGAAAGGAACGAGAUCUUCGAGGUGUUUCAGGGACACGGUACCUUCUUCCCUGAUUUCUGCUCCAAAUGGUCCUAUGUCUAAUCUGUCGAAUGAGUACUCGCCGGUGAGCGAUUCCACCCUCUCAUUUGCUGAGGAACUUAAUUGCAGAGAUUUAAAACAACGUUACAGGCGUCCUUCAGGGGUCCAAACGCAAGAUAAUCAGAGGGAACGAGGUCAGGGCUGUACGAGGGAAGCUGUAAGACCUGGAAUCUCAAUCUUCGUCAGGAGUUGCAGUAUCAGGCGAUGCAAAGAGUCAAAAGUAACACGAAUGGCUGUGGAAGCGGCAAACAAAAAGGCCGAGCGCGAGGCUCUUCGAGGCGUUAUUCAACAGUGGAACGCCAAUCGCCUGGACCUCUUCGAACUUUCGGAGCCCAACGAGGACCUGGAGUUCCAUGGGGUCAUGAGGUUUUACUUCCAAGACAGUGGUCAAAAAGUCGCGACCAAAUGCAUCAGAGUAGCUUCGGAUGCGACGAGUCAAGCGGUCAUAGAAACCCUCAUCGAAAAGUUCCGACCGGACAUGCGGAUGCUGUCCGUGCCUGAAUACGCGCUUUACGAGAUCCACGAAAAUGGAGAAGAGAGAAAGCUGGGCUUGGAAGAGAAACCUCUGCUGGUCCAACUCAACUGGCACAUUGACGAUCGGGAGGGUCGCUUCUUACUGAAACGAAUUGACGACAAGACUAAUGCUCAAGGUGUCGGCUUUUCGGAGGGUUCCAGCUUCCGACGGAAACUUAGCAAACGUGAGAAAAAGCAGAUGAAGAAACAGGAGAAGCUUAGUCGAUUGAAAAGUGCUGGAGAACAGGAUGAAAACACAGCUCCGAUUGACCAAAACGGAGUGGCCGAAAAACUUUAUACCGAACUCCCAGAGACGAGUUUCACGCGAAGUAUUUCAAACCCUGAAGCGGUGAUGCGACGACGUCGGCAGCAGAAACUGGAAAGGAAACUGCAACAAUUUCGGAGUAAGGACGGUGGUCCAGACACCGGUGGUACUCUGAAAAUUUAUGGAGAGGCACUCUGCAAGGAUGUUCCCUACAAGACGUUACUCCUCAGCGUCAGAGACUCCGCUGCCCAAGUUGUCAAAGAAAUGCUGUCCAAGUACGGGCUCGAUAAAGUUGACCCACAACAGUACUGCUUAGUGCAGGUGAAUGGCGAGACAACCAACUCCACUGCACAGCAAGAGUACAUACUUGACGAUGAUGAGUGUCCAUUAGCUAUUUUAAUGAAUCACCCUUCGACACGUGGAUCUAUAAUGUUCCACGUAAGGCGGAGACCCGUGGACUACGUGCCGCGGAAGAGGAAGAAGAAGCCUGCCGGAAAAUGGAGCGAACUGGACCACCGCUACGAGGACGAGAGGUUGCCGUUCCUGCUGGAGUUGAACCCAGACGGCACCGACAUCGCCAACGGAUCGGGAGUUCGCCAUCGGCUGCAACCGAAUGUUACGGAAGUGGGGUCCGAGAAGCCCAUAGGGCCCCAGGCCGUUCAAGCCCAAACUCUCACCCUGACCGGGCCCACCGUCAUGCCCAGGCACUGCGUCAUCGCUUUCACGGAGAACAUCGUCACCCUCACCCCGUGUUCGAGGGACGCUCACACCUAUGUCAAUAACCAGAGGAUACACCAAACCACCAUUCUACAGAACGGAGCGAUCAUUAAAUUCGGCCGGAUGUAUACCUUCAGGUUUAUAGACCCUGCACCGGAAGAGCGAAUCCGGCAGCGUCACGAUUCGAACAGGCAACUGGAUUACGCGUACGAUAGACGCUCACCGGACGCCACGAGCCAGGAAGUGAGCUCAGAGAAGUACAGAUCGGGUUCUGGAACGCCCAAUGGAGGACACGGGUCCAAUCCGCCGAGUCCCACAAAAUCGGCAGUCGCGAGCCCCAGAAGCCCGACUCAUAAUGCACACGCUUCCGAGGCCACGCACAAUUACGAGACCACGUUCGACCUCGACGGGAACGUCGAAACCGCCAGUCUGACCAGCAGCAGGGACGGCAACAGGUUAUCCCAGUACGAUCGCCAUCCCCGGGGAACCGAUCCAAUUUUGCCCGCGGUUUUGGAAUUCCUGGAGGAGACCGAGGAGGCGUUCCUGCACGCCGUUAUUACGGACGUGGAGCCAUCGGCGCCGCAAUUCAAGUUAGCUCCGACGUAUACUCUGUAUCUCGCGGCGAGAUACAGAGCUAGUACUCACUACAGGCCCGAAUUGCAGCCCACGGAAAGGGCGCACAGGUUGACCGUCAUGCUGGCCAAUGUUGCUACGAUGAUUCAACGAGUCAUACAGGAACGGUACAUGGAUGCAUCGUCCUUGGCUCUUUGGUUGGCAAACGGUUCCGAGUUAUUGCACAUGUUGAAAAACGAUCGACACGUCGGGGCGUUUUCCACGAGAGCUCAAGACAUUCUAGCCGAUGCCGUGCAUACGGCCUUUGCUUCUCUCGUGCGUUGCGUGUCGUUGGAACUGGCACCGGCGAUGUCCCAGUUCAUGGCGGAUGCCGACGAGCCAGCAAAGGAGGCCGGGGUAUUGCAGAUAUUUUCGAACACCAUGGCUCUUCUGAGGCGCUGCAGGGUCAAUGCCGCGUUAACCAUCCAGCUGUUUAGCCAUUUAUUCCACGCCAUCAACGCCACCGCCUUCAAUGCUCUCGUAUCCAAUGGAAACCUCUGCGUCAGGUGGUUCGGCCGCAGGUUGAAAGCCAGAUUAAAUGCUCUGGAAACAUGGGCGGAGAGACAAGGGCUGGAGUUGGCAAGCCAGUGUCACUUGGCUACGAUAAUGCAAGCCACGCACCUCUUACAAGCCCCGAAGUACAAUGCCGAGGAAUUGGCAACCUUAAGUUCUACCUGUUUCAAAUUGAACUCCUUGCAAGUCAGGGCGCUGCUGCAGAAGUACCAACCCGCUGCAGAUGAACCCAGGCUGCCCGCUGAAUUGAUAGAAAAUGUUGUUCGAGUGGCCGAAAGCGUUGCUGACACGUUGGCGAGAGCUGAUGGUAGAGAAAUACGUUUGGAAGAAGAACCCACGUUAGCAUUGGCAUUGUUGCUUCCUGAAGAUGGUUAUAGCUGCGAAGUUAUCAGAGGGGUACCGCCAGGAUUGGCGGAGUUUCUAGCACCAUUGCAAAGAGACGGACUUUGUAGAAUGGCCCCGCAACCAACCAGCAGUGGAUACUGGACGAUAUACAUGGUCGACCACCACAACAAUCUUCGCAGUUCGAGUGCAAUGAGUAACAGAUCGGGCGGGUAUUCAGGUCACAUUAGUCAAAAUCAAGGCCAGCCAGAAAUCCAAAUUAUUAAGCUACACAAGUCUACAAACGGCAUGGGACUCAGCAUCGUUGCUGCCAAGGGUGCUGGUCAGGAUAGACUGGGUAUCUACAUCAAGAGUGUUGUUGCCGGAGGUGCUGCAGAUGCUGAUGGUAGGUUAACAGCAGGAGAUCAACUGUUGAAAGUGGAUGGUCAGAGUUUGGUCGGCAUUACACAAGAGAAAGCUGCUGAGCAUCUCGUGCGUACCGGACCAAUUGUAACUUUAGAAGUUGCUAAACAAGGUGCCAUAUACCACGGAUUAGCGACAUUAUUGUCGCAGCCAUCUCCAGUCAUGACUAGAGCACAUAAGGCGCGACCAAAAUCGGAACACUUAGAGCCCCCCAGACAUCCGGAAAUAGCUCCCCAGCCGUCCACAUCGCAUUCCAUGGGCAAUUUAAUAUCCGUUCCGAAACAGGCUACGUACCAAGAGCGUUUGGUCGAUUGGGACGUUGGCUAUGUGCAACCAGGUGCGAGGGCAUCCCAAAUUCAACAUUCUAAGUCUCAGUAUUUUAAUCAUUACCAAUCUCCUAGCCAUUCCUAUCAAUCUCAACAUGUAGGAGCGCAGCAAAGUUUGAACCCUUGUUCUCAGAACAGAACACUCGUACGACAGGGUAUUAAUAAUUCGUGUCUCGCUAUGUAUCCUAUCGAUGAAACGUCAGUCCACGAAUACGCAGCGCCAGGGGGAUACUGGACCAACAAUCGCCCGAUUCCUGUGAUUCAGGAACCUAAUCAAAUGUUCCUAACUAUUCCGAGCCACGUAGAGCGUUAUCCUCCGUAUCCUGUGAGAAGCCGAGUUCAGGCACAAACUCCUAUCGCUCCGCAAUACGGUUAUUACAACAAAGACAAGACUGAGUUAAUAUUUCCAACAAGAAAUCAGUCUCACGAUGGCUUAAAUUCUGCCGAUAUCGAGUACGGUGUCAGUAAUAAAUGUUGCGCUGCGCAAGCUGCUUCGUUCGAAGCCGAACCAUCCAUUCCAUACAUCGACCAGUCGGAUGAAAGUCAAGAACAACUUGGGCAAUUCCGCGAAAGUUCCACUGAAAACCUAUUUAGAAAUACUACGGGCAAACAUGAGGAACGUAAUUUUACUUCUAAGCUAAGCAACAGUUGUAACUUACACGUAAACUUAAUGGAUCGCCCGCACAAGAAUACCUGUUUACAAGCGACCUCCACCACGGAUGAAUCGUGCCAACAAACUUACCUGGCCGAUAGUCACGAUAUUCCGUCAAAGAAACCAGGUGUUACUAAUAAAGUAGCAGAGAGUGCAGCAACGUCCGAUAACGGGACAGUAACGCACUCAUCCAAGGAAGUUGGAACGACAACCACAGAAGACGUCGUACACUCGCAUUGUCACUGUCAUACCCAUAAAUGUCCUUGCAUUAGAAGGUUAAUUCAUGAAACCGAGGCGCCGAAGACACACGCAAUGGGUAGACCGCCAGUCAGUUCGGACGAAACAGAUGCCGAAAUAGAACCUACGGAUUCGCAAGAAACACACGACGAGAGUAACAUGUCCGACAGUGUAGAAAGCCAAAGAGAAGAAAUCGUGGCUCCAGAUAUGAUAUCUACACCGAAGAUGCAUACUAUAAUGCCAGAACUUAAUCUAGAUUUAAGUGGACUUAAUAGCGACGCCUCUAGCGAUGAAUCAAACGCCGAGAAAUGUUGGAAAUCGCCUGAAGAGGUGCGCCUAGGAUGUGGAAGAGUAGCCGCCUUGGCGAAACACUUUUCCAAGCUUGGCGAAGCUGGUUUAAUAAAAUUUAAGUCCAACGGAUUAUCAAUGUCCAGACAAUUCAUGUCGGAACCCGACAUUGCGUCUUCUAGGAGAGCAGAAGUGACGAUUGGCAGAAAAGGAAAUCUUAAGGAGUGUAAGUCGGAGGCUGAUCUGCUUACCUCAGAAAAGAGCGUGGCAACUACGCCGGAAAGAGAAUGGAGCUUGAUUUUAGUGGACAUUCAGACGAGGAACGAUCCAACAUUGUACAUUACUACAUCAAAUGAUGGCAGUUCUAAGUUCGACAAAGGCACUAAUGUAAAAUACAGUGACUUUGACAGGCGUCUCUUCUCCUGUGAGAGAUCGGAAGAACAGGUUGACGAGAGCCUAGGGGAACUGAAAAAGAGCAGUUCAAAAUUGUCCUUGGCGGAACAAAAUGAAAUUAUCAAACAACUUAAAGAGUUUGCAAAUUUAGAUAACGUAGAUGCGCCACUCUUUAUACCAGAAAGCAGGGAGAGAAUAUAUGGAACUAUUGGUGACAGACGUGCAUCCAACUCCGACAAGGAAACGGUGACAGAGUCAAGUGUCGAGGAUGCAAGGUCUAACCUGGUCGAGGUUCCUAGUUUCCCAGCCGUUAUUGGCAAGGUUCAUUUAGAACAUUUUCGAAAACAUUCUUUACCAACUAUUUUAGGAACUACCAUAGAUAUUGGGUCCAAUUUUGAAAUCUAUGAUAAGACCAAUAGGCUGGAAAAGUAUUGGUCGUUGAAAGACUUGAUGUCAUCCGACGACACAAAGUUAGAUAGCUUGAAUAGUGCGGACGAUUCACCGAAGUAUGUGAUAUUUCCUUCAUGCUCCCGAGUGGUUUCCGCUCCAGAAAUCAGAAGUGACGUAAAUAUCUUUCAUAUUCGACCUCUGGCGUCCGGAUAUGCGAACAAAAACCUAACCGUCCAUAGCUCGAUUUCAAUUAACGACGAUGAUGACGAAUAUUUAAUGGCUAAACGAUUUUCAAAAUCCGACACGGAGUUAUUGGUGUUAAAGGAACAAGAAAGGGAAAGAGAGAGAGAAGAAGAGGUACUUCGAGGUAGGAAAUUGGACGAGUUAAUUAAAUCUAAACCCAGUGGCCAAGAAAAGCCGGGAAAUAGUUAUACGCCUCGCACCAAAUUACCGACUUCGUUUUUAAGAACAAGAAAAAUGUCCAGAAGCUGCGAGGAACUUGAUAAAAUAUCGAGGAGUCGAAGUUCUUUUGGAACAAGGAGAAAGACGUACAAAUCCUUUGAGAACGUGUCUAAAAGCUGCGACGAACUUGAAGUGGAUGAUGAACGUCGAAGUACAUUUUCUACGUCAACAAAGAAGAUCUCGAGAUCUUUCGAAAGAAUGAAUCUCGAUGGACCAUCAUUCACGAAAAUUUCAACAAAGAACUCUUCUCAAUUUAUGGAUUGUCAGAUUAAACGCUCCGCAAAUAGCUGUGAUUCAAUCGUAUUGAGAAGUAACCCUAAAAUCGCAAAGCCAAUUAGAAAGAGGUCUUUAAUAAUGAAGAAGAAGUCGAAAAGUGACUUAGACGUUUCGGAACGAAAGCCGACACCGCGAUUCGAGCGAGGGGAUUGGAUCUUUCGAGAAUUUCCACCACUGGACGGUGAUGAUGACUCUCGACCCCGUCGCAUGAGCGAACGUGAUCUUCCGUCACGACUUGGACAUGAUACAACCCCCCAACAAAUUCAUAGCAGCAAGUCUGUCCCGGCCCUGCAUAAUGUAGGGACGGAGGGAAAACAGCAACACGAAGUCUUCAAUCCUGGGUACAGCAGAGCAUCAUCCAGCAACAGUGUUACUCCUCCGGUUCAGCCACCUCCGAUGCCAGCAAUAAACGGAGCAACUUCAUUGCGCUCAAGGUCAAGUCAUAACUUGCACGAUCCUAUGAGAGUGGGGACUUUGCCACCAACUGGUCUAGUCAGCAGGCAGCAAUCGUCUCCUAAUUUGACCCCUCAUCAGAUGCAUCCUAGUGUUCAAAACAACAUGCAAAGUAACGAAGCUGAACGGUUCUACCAAAAUUUAAGCGUCUACAGAAAUCAAGACCCAACGAUGAAACAACCCAGUCCGCCUCAGUCCAUAGAUGAAAGAAAUCCAUUGCACACCCAAAAGAGCUUAAGAGGUUCGCAGAGUUCUCUAAAUCGGCCGUCUGCCGACAUUACUCAGGGAAGGGACAGGCCUAUAUCAGCGUACAUACCACAAAGUCAACAGCAGAGUUAUUCGAGUCAGCAGAUGCCAGUACAGAGUCCUCCACCAAGAUCUCAGUCCUCUCGCGAUAUAAUCCGGCAAGAAGCAAAGCUUCAAGAGAUGCAGGAAGAAGUCAGGAGACGCGAAUUGCGCGGUGGGGCACCUGCCUUAAACCAAUACCGACCAAACGCUUACAAUGUACGACCGAUGACGGCUUCUCAAGCUGCGAACGCCGUACGUCCCGCGAAACCAAUAGGCUCUACACCGAAUUUAGGACCUAACUCGCCCACGUAUAGUGCAAGGCCUGUUCCGCAAAAUUAUGGCCAUUCGGAACCGCAGUACAAUCAAUACCAAUUGGCAAACCAGUUUGGUAAGCCCCAGCAAGUCCCUAGCCAAUACGCAAUGAUACCUAAAAGCAAAAGCGAUACACUUCGAGGUCACGGAACGCCUAUCGAACCAGGUAGAGAUGUGGCGGUUCAAGAUAUUGGACGACCGGAACAGAACCGGCAAUUUGGAAAUCCUUCAAACGGUACACAGUAUUCUAACGGGCUCUUAGACUCGAGAAAUGGCCAAUACUCGUCGGAUGGCCCUCCGAAUCGUACGCAGAAUGGAGGUGAUGCUUCCACGGAAAACCCGCCAGCACGUCCAUUGCUCCCAGAAGAUGGUUAUAGAGAAAGUCCACCUCCACCACCACCUAAUACCUCGACACAUCCUUUGUACAAUAAACAGCCUGACUCUAGGUAUACCGCAAGUAUGCAAGAUCCUCCUCGAGGCGGCUACUAUCCAGCAACCGGUUCAACCCAACAGCCUCGACAGUACCAAUACAGUGCAACGAAUCCUUGGCAACGAGAGGAAAGAGAAAAGGAACAAGCGCGAAGAAGAGAAGCAGCCAGACAGUGGCGUGAUCAACAAAUUGCGCAGUUAAGCACCUUGCCUAAUAGAACACCGCAACAGGAGGAGCAAUUGCGAGCACUGCAGCUAGAGAGGGAUUUCCAAAAGAGAGCCGAGGAAGUCGCUAAUCAGCAAGAUGACGACGAGGAAAGCAACGAUCUUGAUAACGAGAGUGCCCAACGAGUUCAGGGACUGUUGCGCAUGGCUGCGACUCAGGACAGAAGUACCAAUCAAAUAAACCAACAACAGACUUUGUCGAGAACGAGUGCUGGUAACCAAUCUAUUCGAGGAACCCUCUCGCCCCAACCUGUAGGAAGCCAAUUGCAAUCCACAAAUAUUCCCAUGCACACAGUAACGAGCCAACAGGGAUUAUCGAGUACGGCGGGCAAUUACACCAGCCAGAACGACACACCAAGCCUACAUUCACAGCAGAACCAAAGUCAAAAUAAUGCUGGCCAAGCACCUUUGUCUCCUUCAUAUGGACCGAAUUUAGGCCAGCUGGGAACUAGUCAAAAACCAUGUCCUGCAAAUUCGAGUCAGACAAACGACGACAGAGAGAGACAGCGCAGAAUGGACGAGCUUAAGAGGAAGCAAGCUGAAUUUGACGAGGGUCAAAGGAAGAGAGAGGAAGAAGUCAGACAACAGCAACAGUUGCAGAUUCAUCAACAACAAAUGCAACAGUUGUACCAAAAGCAACAACAGCAGCAUCAAUCCAAUCUCAGAAACCAACAGCAGUUACAUCCUGGCAUGCUAAGGCUGGAUAAUCUCGUCAUAAAUGGCCCCAGCUCUCCUCCUUCUUCCCAGAAUGGUAGUAACGAAGCACCUCUUCCACCUGAACGAGGAUCUAGCUAUGCGGUAAUGUCUCAACAAAGCGCGUUGAGAUCGAAUGGUUCUACUGCAUCAACCGUACCUGUUACCUCGCAUCAAACAACGAUGAUCAAAAGAGUCUCUUUCCAUGAUCCUAAUGCUAAUACCGAAUCAGUAUCCCGCACCGUACCCUCUAUGACCUCAAGUAAUCCAUCGACCAUAACUAUGGAUACUAUUCGAGAGGAUCCGAACAACUUUAUAAACGAUGCUGAAACUCUACUGGCCUCUCCAAAAACUCCGGAAGGUCCUGGAGGUACAUUUACGGGAACUACACCAGGUGUGAUCGGGGCUCAGGAAGUUUACAAGGAUCCAAGACAGAAGCGUCUGGCCGAAAAACAGAAGCAACAGAAUUCGCAAAUGGGUGCAGUACCAGAAAAGUUAAGUUUUAAGGAAAAAAUGAAAAUGUUUGCAAUGGAAACAGGGGAGGAUGGGACGCCGAGAGAUAAAGUAAAGAUUAGUCGAGCUCAGCGAGAAAUCGAUAAUAUAGGCAACCCCAUGAGUCCUAACAACAACAACAACAACAACAACAAUAACAACAAUAACAGAAGUUAAUUAUUCAAUGGUGGAUUUUUGUGGUAGAAAAAAAAUCAAUACGAUACCAGAUACUCACUAAUAAAUGUUAAGUAAUUGAGCUGUUUAGUCUUGCUACAAGUUUUGUAGUAGACCGACAUUACAUUACUAGUGGCAUUUCGUUAAUCCGAGUUAUUGCAGUAUUUGUUUACACAAUUUAAGUUGAAUAUAUCAUGUCCUUUAGUGACAUUAGCAAAUACAUUUUAUUGGAGUGAUACUCAUUGACAGACAGGUAAUUUUUCGUUGAAAAAGUAGAGAAGAUGUUGAUCAUUUUAUGCGAAAUGUUUAUAUAAGCGAUAUAUUUUCAAUUUCCAUAAAAUAAUCACGACAUUCCUCAAGGUUGUACAUAGAAGAUGCUGGACAAGACUAUUAGUUGCUUUUAUUGUUGUUCGAUAUUUAUGUUAUAAAAGUAUAAAUGUUUUUAAUUGAGCUAUCUCAAUAACUACAAAUGUGUCUUGUAACGGCGUGGCAGCUCCAAACUAUUGUACAAUAUAUAUUUACGAAUGUGUAUAUGUCUCUACAUAAUGUUAAAGUAGAUCGUUGAUAAUGAAAAAUCUUAUGUGUAUAGCAUUUUUCAGAAAUAAUUUAAUUCCACAGCUAGGAACAUCAUUCGAGAAACGAUUUUAAGUUUUAUAUACCAACUAUACCAUGUCCUAAGGAUUAUUAUCGUUUGGGACCAGAAAAUUAUCACUCGCCGUUUAUCCAUGUAUUGUGUAAAAUUAUGGAUUUUCACCGUGUUUUUCCAAAUCAGAAAAUACUUCGAGUUUAAUCAAAGUAUUAAAAAUAUUACUGUUCUCACAACGACUUCUAUGACGAGCGUAAUUAUGAUUUCAAAAUAUGAUUUUACAUACUGCGGUGAAACAAUAAUCAAAUUAUUUAAGAUAUAGCAUGUAGUAUAUAUACAUAUAUAUAUAGUAUACAUAUACGUGUAUUGUUAUCUAAUCGAAAUUAAGAAAAUGAAGGCAUACAAAUAUUAUUAUACAUAUACAUAAGUAUCUUAGAUUAGGAAUGAUAAGGGAUCACUAGGGCAGCGCUCUGAAGAGUUCAAUGCCCGAUUUAAGAACAAAGCAUAGCAAUAUUAGUGGUUAAACGAUGAAGAUAUUAAUCAUUAACCUGCAGAUAAUAGAGUCCUACUUAGAAACGUCACAAACAGUUGGCAGCUAACAUUCGUGUUUAUUUCAAUACGUAUACACGGACCGGUAUACAUUCCUUACAACUGAAGGGAAUUUAAGGUAUUUAAUGUUCCACGAAUUUUACAUUCUUUAUAAAAAAUUAACUUUGGCAUAGUUGAGUCAAACCGUUUUAUUAAUUUUUUUUUUACUUGAAUAAAUGCCUGUACCGGAUUAUCCACCGACGGAUGUAUUAUCAAGAGGGAAAAAUACUGCAUUAUUCCUGAUUAUUUUCCUUGUAUUUUUCUUUAUACUAUAACGGAACAUUUAAACAUCGUGUAGAUGUAUCUUCGAUAUUAUAUGUGAUAUAAAGUAGGCCUUCCUCUGCAAAUGCGAAAAUUCAUGUAGAUUAAAUGUAAUGUAGAUACACGUUCGCGUGAAGAUGUCGAGUCAAAUUUUUAGAAGAUUUAAUCGUUAUUCAUACGAAACUUCAGUAUUUCGGGCCUAUCUAACAAGAGCCUACGAAACGUCGGUCGACCGAGACUUCGGUCAUUUCCCAGAAGUUAAAAAUGCACUUACACCUGUAAAAGUAUUUUUAUUCUUUAUUUAUUUUAUUUUCGUAUCAUUUCAUCUUGCAACCAAUAGUGGUAUAGCGAACAGCUUGUUAAAUUGUACGUUAUAACGCAAUCGAACACAGUCUGCGUCUCAGACCAAAUCUUAGAAACGAACGCGGACAGGAUUUAAUAUGCCGUAGAUUUUAUCCUGUAGUUUAAAACGACGUACUAUUGUUAAAGUACGUUUCUUUUAUUGUCAUACCCUUUUGUAUAUCUUAGCACUGUUCACCUCGUAAAUGUGUAGGAACUAAAAGGAUUGUUUCAGAAGAUGAUCGAGCGUACCUACGACCAUAAGUUCGUGACCUAAAUGUUGGUUGAAUUAGCGAAUGAGAAAGAAAGUUCCCUCCUUAUUGUGUAUAGCAAGUGUACUUGCACUAUAUUUUGUAACACUAUUUCAAUUGUCCCAUCGUGUCGGUGUCGAAUUCUUCUUGAAUCAAUCGAACGACUUCGUGACCAUCAACGUCAUUACAUUGCUAUAUUUUACCUAUAUUAUUACUGUACUUUAGAAAUCACACUAUAUUUUUUAAUUAUUGUAUCAUGUCAUAUAUUACCGAGAUAUACUAUUGACGAGAAAUAAAUGUCACUAUAUUAA